AUGUUGCUGCCCUCACGGAAGGCGUUGACCUUCCUAGCUUGCCUCGCAAGCCAUUCCACAGCACUCCUAACAACAUCCGAGAACUCCACACACUUCAAUCUCGCCAAUGACCGCUUCACCAUCGCGUUGGCUAAAUCUAACGGUCAUAUCGUUGACGUCCAACUAGACAACCAAGAUCUACUUGGACCGGUAGACGGCAACACCGGAAAGGGUCCAUACCUGGACUGUUCAUGCAUCCCGUCGGGCUUCUGGACCCCGGGUAGUGGCGCUACACUGGACCUGAUCAACGGCACUGAUUCUACUGGCACCGCGUACGGCGGAGUUUACAUGACCGCUACCUAUGAAGGAACCAAUCAGACACUAUCGCAGUGGUUCUUCCUCCGAGGCGAAGAAACAGGACUCCAUGCAUUUUCUCGAGUCACGUAUUUCAACGAGACCACGCCUUUCCUACGAAGCCUUGGGGAAUUGCGCACACUUUUCAGGCCAAACACGGACCUCUGGACGCACUUCUCCACCAGCGAGGGUAAUUACGGGCCAGUACCGCUUGACAGCACGUAUGACAAUGGGUUGGUAGUCCAGGAUGCGACAACCUACAUGGGGAACGUUACCGAUGAUCCCUAUGUCUCCCAAUACUCUGAUUACUUUACCAAGUAUAGUCUGGCAGAGAGCUGGCGCAACCACGAUGUCCAUGGACUGGUUAGCGACGGCUCAUCUAGUUCUGACGGAAGUACAUUCGGUGCUUGGCUAGUUCAUAACACCGUUGAGACGUACUAUGGAGGUCCCCUCCAUUCUGACCUCGUUGUCGAUGGGAUUGUGUACAAUUAUUUGGUCUCCGGUCAUCAUGGGGCACCUAUGCCAAACCUCACGCAUGGGUUUGACCGCACUUGGGGACCUCAGUUCUACUACUUCAACCGGGGAGACUCGGAGACAACAUUGGCCGAGUUGAGGGCUGAUGCUGCAAAGUACGCUGAUCCGGAAUGGAACGCGGAGUUCUAUGAUACUAUCUCGAAGCAUAUUCCGAAUUUCAUGCCGUCGUCUGGGAGGACUACAUUUAAGGGGAAGGUGUCGUUACCCGAGGGUGCAAGGAGACCGAUUAUCGUGCUAUCUGAGGAUGGACAGGACUUCCAGCUGAAUGUCUUCAACACGGAGUCUCUACAGUACUGGGCGGAGGUCGACGAGUCUGGAAGUUUCAGCAUCCCCCGUGUUGUGGAAGGGACAUACCGAAUAACCAUCUACGCUGACGAGAUCUUCGGGUGGUUUAUCCAAGACCACGUCACAGUUUCAAAAUCGCAGUCCGAAGAGCACAGGUUCAUUUGGGAAGAGGAAAGCGCAGGCAAAGAGAUCUGGCGUAUCGGUGUGCCUGACAAGUCCUCUGGAGAGUACCUUCACGGCUAUGCAUUGGAUUCUUCCAAACCGCUGCAACCAGAGCAAUACCGCAUAUACUGGGGAAAAUACGACUAUCCAGCUGACUUUCCCGAGGGUAUCAACUUCCACGUCGGAGAGAGUGACCCAUCCCAAGACUUCAAUUAUAUCCACUGGGCAUUCUUCCCCUCUCAGGGAAAUCACCUCCGCACAGAGCCAUACUAUGACAAUGUCAACAACUGGACGGUGACAUUCGACCUAACCGCAGAGCAACUCGACAGCACGAGCAUGGCAACAUUCACCGUGCAGAUUGCAGGCGCGAAGACAGCGAACGGGAACUCAAAGUGGACACCCGUUGAGGGGAAGUAUAGUAACCUUCCGUGGACGGUAGAUGUAAAUGGACGGUAUGAGUCCACAUGGGUGAUCCCAUACUGGCGGAGUGGAUCAUGUGGUGUGCGCAGUGCUGUUGCCUGCCAGAAUAUAGAGCAGAAGUUUGUUUUUCCGGUGGAGAAUCUGCAACAAGGAAAGAAUGAGUUUGUCUUGAGCUUGCCGUUCAAUGCGUCGAGUACGGAGACUGCGUUACUGCCGGAUGCACUUUAUGUGCAGUACGAUGCAUUGAGAUUGGAGUUGGAGUGA